UUUUUUUGUACCCCCUAGCUUGAAGGGAACAAAAUAUUUUGACCUGCGUACUUUUUUUGCCAUAAUCGUUUACUCACCGGACCCAAACGUUGCGCCAAGUUUGAGCGAAAUCGGUGAUUUAAGCUGUAUCACCUCCUGCCUGUUUCUGCCUGGUUUUCUCUUGGCACUAACUCUUAAUAGACUAGAUGUCGUCACAACUGUCUUAUCUUGUAGAGAAAGCUUAAGGUAUUUCUUUCAUUAUCAGUAUAGUCGCGCAUUCAAAUUCAAUACUGAAAGUGUUGAAGAGGAAGCAGCACAGAUAUACGUACGGCAACUGGUAGUGACAUGCUUAAAGUUAGACUGCUUCACAGUGUGUCAUCUAAACAAUUCAGUAUAGUCAUAUCAUUACAAGCGAUAAUUAUCCAUGACAAUAAACUUCAAUUUAUGUUUCUCUCUAGUAAACACGACAAUCUUCGUUAAAGAAACACACUUCCAGCUGCUUUGGUUGCUGCAUGUUGCUUACAUUGCCACAUUUCUUGCGUCUCUGUUCGGCAACUCAGUCAUCAUUCACAUAAUACGAACAGAUAACUCCAUGAAGACCACUACCAACUAUCUGAUUUUGAAUCAAGCAUGUGCAGAUCUUAUGAUCACCUUAGCAGAGGGAAUGAAUGUCAUUCAUUACAGUUUGAUGAACAACUCAUGGUUAGGAGGGCUCCUUGGUUUGAUCACUUGCAAGGUAUUCCUUGCAGUUAUAUUCAGCUUCCACAUGUUUUCACUUUGGGUCCUUGCAACGAUUGCCGUUGAACGUUUUUAUGCAGUAACGCGACCUUUGAGAUCUUCACCCGUGUCUCAACAUUUAAAGAAAAUAAUUUUUCUUCUUUGGGCUACGUGCCUUGCUACUCCUUUAAACUUCCUUCAGAAUGCAAGCUUCAAAAAAUUAAAUGACUGUUAUUACUGUGACUUGACAGAUGUUCUACAAGAGUGGACAAUUAUUAAUAUCAUCACCGGUGGUUUGCUGGCAUUCCUGCCUUUUUUGGUAAUAGCAGCCCUUUACGCAAAAGUGUGUCUCACACUUUGGUCACGUCAAGUUCCAGGAGAGGGAUCCAGUCAGAAUGCACAACAAGUUGAAGCCGUAAAAACGGCAAGAAAAGUUACCUUGAUGAUGAUCGUUGUUACUGUUUUUUAUAUAGUGUGUUGGCUUCCUUUGUUCAUAUCAGUUAUUCUGGAGUAUAUAAACUAUUUGGAGCUAAACGGAAGCCUCCUUUUAUUUGUUCUUUGGUUAAUAUCUACUUACAGCGGACUUAACCCUUACGUUUAUCUCACGUUUAAUCAAAAAUUUGGGAAUGGUUUCCAUAAGUUAUUUAGGAAUUGCCGGAGAAAAAUUAAAAUUCGCAAUCUUAACGUUGUUUCUUUGCGAUUCCAAAGCUUUGAACUUGAGCAUAUGUGAUAGGAUAAAAAGAAACAUUCAUUUUAGUUUGUCUGUGUUUCUUGCUAAGGAUAACGAACGGAAGUUAUUUACCUGCAUGCAUAUGGGCCAGGGUUACAUUUUGCAGGGUAUGCUGCGUGGAAGUCAGACUGAAAAGUCAGAAGCAAAAUACAAACUGUUAUUUUCAGAUGUUUGACAUAACCUUACUUAAAAACAAAACAAAAAGAGCAACAACAACAACAAAAACAACAACAACAAUAACAAUAACAACAAAAAAGAGCGAAUAGAAAAUAUGCAAAGCUUUCCUUCAAUGCAAUUGCCGUGUUUUCGUUACACAAUAAUACAAUCUAGGUGGCCAAUAAAGGUGCGCGCAAUAUUUAGGUAGUGUUGUCAACAAAUGUCAUUCGUCCCAUAAUGUAAAUAUGCAAAACUUUUCCCAGAUCGAAGAAUGUCCUUUCAUUAAUCAACGUUUUCUUACUUGGAAUAUCAAUCCCAUAUUGAAUUCAUAAAUUGCUGUAGGUAGCAACAGCAACCUUGCAUGGCUCAAAAAGGAGAAGACGAUUAUAAAGUGCCCCAGUGAACUGAUAAACCUUUAAAAAUUGUGGGGAGUUAGCUAGAAAAUUCGUUUAGUAGACAAUUUAAUAUGGAAAGGUUGGAGAAGUCCUCCGUCCAGUAAUAGCCGAUGUAGGAAUCUAGACUACAGUGUUCAUAUCAAAAUUAUGAGAGACCUGGGACAGCGAAGAAAUCAUUGGGACUCGAAUGGGACGCAGAAAAAAAAAAAAAAAACCUCUUUGAUUGAAAAAUAUUCUGGCUCACUGUGUUGGACCAAUAGACAAAAGCGUAUGGAACACAUAAUAAUCAACUUUAUUUAUUGAGGGUAGCACACAACAGUAAUAACUGAAAAACCAGUGGCCCUCA